AUGGUUCAUCAUCAAGAAUUAGCCUAUAAUGCUAAAGAUGUAUGCAUAUUGAAUCAAGGUGAAAUUGCAGUCGCUCAUUCUGAUCGUGUUGUUCGUUUGUAUUCAUGGUGUUCAUUUGAAACUCAGAAAUCAUCAUCAUCAUCAUUAUUGACAACUUCUUCGUCAGAUUCUCCAUCAAAUUUAGGUGAAUUCAUUCUAUUAAUUAAAUGGGAAUUAGCUGGUCAGGUCAAUCGAAUUGAUACAUGUUGGACCCCGAAACAUGGUCUAAUUCUGAUCGCUUCACAGCCAAGUGGAGGUUUUGCUCAUUUACACAGAAAAUUUGAAAGAUAUCAUAAGAAUGUUGCACCAACAUUGACUUAUUAUCCUCCACGUGUAACAAGUAAUAGUAAUUUAGAGACACGUACAUGGCUUGUUGGUAAUGUGAAUUAUUCAAAAUGUCAUGAGUUCAAAUCUGUUCCACCUCCAUAUGAUACUGUUUCCACUACAAUAGUUGACAAUAUAUCAUCAUAUUUAAUUUGUUUAUCUACAGCUGAUGGAAAUAUAUUCCUUGUUGAUCCAACACAUGAAAAUGAUACCGAUUUAGUAAUGUGGUCAAUUCAAGUGCAUACACGUAGUGAAUUAUUUGGCUUAUGUAAAAUGAAAUUGACUAAAGAUGAUGGUGAUCAAAUAGUUGUCUGUUCAUGGGAUGGUGCAACAUACAUUUUCGAUGUAAACAAUAAUUCUGUAUGUUUCCCAUUAGGACAAUCAUGUCAAGCGUUUAUCGCUGGUUUGUAUGCUAUAGAACCUGGUCAAAAUUUACCAGUAUUAAUUUAUUCAACAUUUGAUCGUAACACCCUUAUCUAUUAUAAUCUACAAUUAGAUCAUAUUGCUGCACAAAGUUUGCAUAGUACUAUACUAAAAGACCAUAUUUUAGUAGAGAAGUUACAAUCGAGAAAUAUUGAUCGUAAGUGUAUAACGAUGCAUAUAUGUCUAUAUAAUUUGUCCUUCGGCUUCCUAGUGAAACAUAGGGCUUCAGUAGCACGCCUCCAGUGACCUCUGUUCUCUGAGAUCUUUUGAACCUGGUUCCACGACAGCCCACAACCUCUCAUUUCCUCCUCGCAUGACCUCCUCCAUGUCACCCUCGGACGUCCAACUCGUCGCUUCCCAUGGGGAUUCCACUCGAGGGCCUGACGCGUGAUGUCCUCAGUCGGCCUUCUCAGUGCAUGGCCAAUCCAUCUCCACUUCUUCCUGCAUAUUUGUUGCGUGAUAGGUUCUUGGUUGGUUCGUUCCCAGAGUUCCUUGUUGCUUAUUUUUUCUGGCCAUCUGAUCUUCAGCAGCGAGCGUAAGCAGUUGUUGAUGAAUGUCUGUAGUUUAUUGGAAAUGCCUUUCGUGACGCGCCAAGUCUCUGAGCCAUACAAGAGCACUGACUUGACGUUGGUGUUGAAAAUCCGUAUCUUGUUCCGCAUGCUGAGUGCAGAAGAUCUCCACACUGGUUUCAGGCUAAUGAACGCCUGUCUUGCUUUUCCGAUUCUGACUUUGACGUCCUCGUCCGUCCCGCCUGUAGUUGAAACAGUGCUUCCUAGAUAAGUGAAGGAGGUUACUUCCUUCAAGUUUCUCCCGUUGACGGUGAUUGGAGUUUGUUGUUGAUGGUGGUGGUGCGGUAUCUUCAUCACUUCUGUCUUCUCUAUAUUCACCUGAAGUCCCGUCUUAGCUGCCUCUUCUGUCAACUUGUUAGUUUU